AUGACAAUGCACAUCCACGAGGCCAAGAACACCCAUGUGGCCAACAAUGAGAACCCUUUGCAGCCGCCAUCGCUGGGCGCGGCAGAAAAGCGCGCGCACCGCGCUGCGCCCUCGCGAGCCGGCAGCACACGCCCCGUGGUCAGACCCGGGGAACUCAGCGCUGUGCACAGACAGCGAGAGCCAUUGCUGCAAGCGCAGCGCUCUCGCUGCUGGACCAAUGACCAAUGCCGUGGCCACCACCCCGGGCGCCGAGAGAGGAGAGAUGUCCCAGAGCACGCCGAAUCGGCCAUCGGGCCAUUCCCCCCGUACACCACCUUACCGACGAUGCUUCUUCUUCAACCCCUCUCUACCCGCCCCCAAGACUACCCCCCCUCAAAACUGACACCCCCUCCCCCGACCCCCUCACUUUCACCUUUGGUGAAACGCUCUGAACCUCCUUCAGCUGGUUUCGAGCUCGUACCGCAGUUUCUCGCCACCACGCGUGUUGCCGCAAGCGGCAGCACGCCACCGCACCCCCCGCACCUCCGUCCCGCGGACGGCGGCCCGAUGUCGCCGCCGCCCGCGCGAGACGACCCCCGACGUCGUAGAAGUGCGGGGGUUCCAACGUCGCGCACAGCGCGGCCAAGAAAUGAGAACGUGACGGUGGUGUCCUCAACGAGAGGCACCUCGACACGUCUCCGACGCCCCUCCCCCUCCGUCCCCUUCGCCGCCGAUAUCUUGCUCGUAAAAUCCCAGCCCCGGGACGCCACGUGCCGCACACGUCUGUUUGUGCCACAACAGACGCCAUGUGCCAGGCGGCAACGGCCGCGGCGUUUCGCGGCGUCCGCACUCGCAGCGGCCAAUGUCCGCGUUUUGCGUCGCAUUGCGGAGAGCAAUACGACGCUCCACUGUCCGCCUCCGGCUCGAAAAGAUCAACCACUGAGAGCGAGGCAGGAGGGCACUGCACUUUUUGAUUCGCCCCACCUUGCAAGGGCACUCCAACGCCAAAUCAGGCCGCGCACGACCUCACAAAUCCUGCACCGCCGCCAUAUGCCCACUCUGCCCGUUUUGGCCCCAUCUGCCUCCUUCCCACGUCGCGGAAGAGCUCCGCCAGCACCGCCAAACAGCUCGGAGCAUCUGCACCGCUCGGAAUAUACGGCACUGCAUGAAACUGUCUGCCUGGACAUCGACCACGAAUGCAAGCGCUCUGUGUUGUCCUUACCCAGCCGACUGCACGUAACCCUCCACCCCGCCCCCGCUCUCCCGUCCGCCCCGAGUACCUGUCCCACCGGCCUGAUACACGUCGCGUACGUGACCUUUCUCGGCGCCGAUUUUCAUAGCGGCGCGUCACUGAACUCAGCUUUCGAAGAAAAGCAGGACCUCGGGGGGGGAGUUUUCGACGCUGGCCCUGACGCCACGCGCAGCCCCCGCCGCAGCGAUCCUCGAGCAAGAAUCCUGUAA